GAAAACGAAGAGUGACAAUCCGGUGUUUGCGAUUGUCUACUUGUCAAUUACGUGGUUUUUACACCGAGGGUAUAUUUGAACAUGCAGUGUUUGUAUUUCUAAGAUUUUAAUUAAUAUUUGAAUUACGAAAUCAACAUGGUAUAUUACUAUAUUUUACUAACAUUUUAUAGUAUUUUUCUGCUCUCUGUUAGUGCUCAAGUGGCUCCUGGAGUACCACCUCAACGAUAUCAGCAACCACCUCAACAGUAUCAACAAGUACCACAACAACAGUAUCAACAGCAAAUACCACAGCAACAGUAUCAACAAGUACCCCAACAACAGUAUCAACAGCAAGUACCACAGCAACAAUACCAACAAGUACAUCAACAAGAAAAUCGUCAAAUACCCCAACAACAGUUUCAACAAGUACCUCAACAACAUCAGGUUCCUGCUCACCAGGGAGGCACUGACAAUCAAAGAGGUCAUCAUCAUAAUUCGGGUCCCAAAAAAGUGCUAAAUGCAGCUAAUGUUGCCCAAGAAGCUCAGCAUAUACAAGAACAUAUGGAUGUGCCAAUUGAUACGAGUAAAAUGACUGAACAAGAAUUACAAUUUCACUAUUUCAAAAUGCACGACGCUGAUAACAAUAACAAGUUGGAUGGUUGUGAACUGAUCAAAUCACUGAUACAUUGGCACGCUGGUGAUGAUAAGGUGAAAUCCCUGACUGAUAAAGAAAUUUCCAAUUUCGUCGAUGACGUUUUAACAGAUAUGGAUAAAAAUAAAGACGGUUUCAUAAGUUAUGUGGAAUAUCGGCGCCAUGAAUCUAAGCCGUUAAAUCCAAAGUAAAUUCAACAAUAGGGGAAAAUUAUUUUAUAUUUUGUAGUGGUUUUUCGUUCAAUUUAUAUUUCAUAUAACUGGAAUUUCUUUCAACAGAUAUCUAAGUUGAACUUAUUUAUGUGGUUUAGUCUCACACGUCUUUUAGUAAUAUCAACUAUUGAAACUUUCUUGCAGUAGAAAACGAAAUUUCUUCCAAUUUGCAUUGGAUGAAUAAUCACUAUUUUUUUAUAAAAAAAAACAAUUAAUCAUAUGACAGUCUAGUAUUAAAUAUUUUAAAACCCGCUCUUCUAUAAAUAUGACAUUUUUUGUGCAAUAAGACAUUUUUUUUUUCUAAUAUUUGAUUGUUUUAGGUCGACCGCCCAUGAUGCAACUGAUUUGAAACAAAGGUUGCAAACAAGUUGAUCUUGCAACAGUUUGGCAACGUAUAACAGCACGGAGCUGGUGACUCUAAUGAAACUAGUUUGCAAUCGGCUGUACGUAACCAUGAUUCCGCGGUCGUAGUUGCAUUGCAGUUGUUGUUUGAUUGUAUGUUUAUUUUUAAUUUUUUUCAAUAUGAGUAAUCAAGAACUGAACCUCAAAAUUGUGGAAAAAGUGGACAAACAGCUUUUUAUCGACAAUCCAUAUAAACCUAUAAAUGUUCUAUCUGUCUGAGACAGUUUUUGUGCUGCUAUGAACAGUCUAGAGUUCUAAAUGGAUCCAAUAUUCUCUGUAUCCUGCGGUAUUGAUAAUAAUUGAUGACGUCUUCCUUAUCUGAGUCUCAAUACAUUGAGAAAUUACCUUUCACUGCUGCACCAACUGAUUACUGAAUACUGAUUACAAGUCGUAUCCGUGUACGCUCAAAAGUUUUAUUUUGAUUGGAAAACUUUUGCAAGAUUAACUGGUUUGCAACCUCUGUUUCACAACAGUUGCAUCGUAGACGGUAAAUUAAAUGAAAAUGUGCAUUAUAACUUACAAAAAUUAUACAAUUACCAACCACAAACCAUCUGAUUAAUUUUAUUGAAUCAUUAUUUCCAUCACCAUUCAAUCUAACAAGUUUUGUAAGAUAUAAUGCAUCUUUAUAAAGGCUGUAAAAAUCCGGCCAUUUUAAGUGAAUUUAAAAAUUUAUUAUUUAAGUUGAAAAUGUUGUUAAUUUUAUUUUAGAUUUCAUUUUUAGUUAUUUCAAAAAGGGGCAAAGUAUUUUGUAUAUAUUUGAUCUGGGUUUUUGUAUACUUUUAAAAGAAAAAAAAACGUAUUUUUUCCA